AUGGCACCCAAUAGUUCUCCAACCGUCAACCCCCAAGCAUUGGGCAACUUCUUUGACGACGUCGCGCGUGUGCUCGGAGAAGCCAACAUUUCCCGCACGCCCAGUCAUGGUGCACUCGAGGGUACUCAAGGCCGGAAAUCUUACGGCGAUCCAUUCUCAACCUCAGAGAUCCACGCACCAAGCGGUGCCGUUCGACCCAGUACUGUGGAAGAGGUCCAGGAGGUCGUGAAGCUUGCAAAUAAACACAAAGUGUGUUUGUGGACAGUGUCACGGGGAAAGAAUCUGGGCGAAGAGUACGGGUACACGAUAGUCGAGCCGGGUGUAUCCUUCUUCGACCUUUACGAGGAAAUUCAACGACGGGGCCUGAGUCUCUGGCCAUCGGUGCCGGCUAUUGCAUGGGGUUCUGUUUUGGGAAACACCAUGGACCGAGGCUUUGGAUAUACGCCCAAUGGAGAGCAUUCGCAAUCGCAGUGCGGCAUGGAAGUGGUGCUGCCAAAUGGUGAAUUGCUUCGGACGGGUAUGGGAGCGAUGAAUUAUAAUAAAACGUUUGCGCUAUACAAGGGGUAUGUUCACAUUUCACUGGCUGCCCUAUGCAAACCAAUUGGCAUGCAUAUCACUCCCGCCCCCGAGGCGUACGCUACCCUCGAAGUCAGCGUUCCCGAGGAAGCAGAUCUUAUCCCUCUAACCGGGACUCUGUCAGACCUGAUGCGCCGCUCCAUCAUCCUCAACUCACCCUCCAUCGCCAACAUCUUCCGCAUCGCGCUUACAUCCAAUGUCCCCGAGGUUCACGCCAAACUGGCCCAGUACAUGAAGCCCAACUCAUACGUACCUUAUGACGUACUCGAGAGGAUCCGAGCGGAACAUAACUGGGGAUUCUGGAAAGCCUACUUCUCGCUAUACAGCUCAGUCGAAAUGCUCCCAGCAUUGAUCCAAACCGUACAACGCGCGUUCUCCACAAUCCCAGGCGUGAAGAUCGAAUGGCGCGAGUUUCCCGGAUCCCCAGGCCGCGCCAUCACCACAGCAGAGAUCAAAGAAGAACAGAUUCCGCACAGUGGUAUCCCGACGCUUGGGCCCCUGGGCAUCGUCGACAGCCGAUCUGAGAAGGGCGGGGCACACGUCGACUUCUCGCCCAUCAUCCCUCCAUCCGGACGUGAGUUGUACGAGUGGUACCUGACUGCAAAGCAACGCACCAUUGACGCAAAAUUCGACUUCUUUGCCGACUUCCAUGUCUACCCGCGCUACGUGGUCGGAAUCGAGCUGGUCAUCUACACGCUCAGAGAGGAGGCACGCGUCCUCGGGUUGUGCAGGAAUUUGUUGCAUGAUGGUGCGGAGCAGGGAUAUAUGGAGUACCGCACACAUGUGCGCUACAUGGACCAGAUUGCGGCCAAGCUUAACUUCAACGACUUUGCGAUCAAUAAGUUUACUAGACGCUUGAAGGAUGUGCUGGAUCCCAAUGGGGUGCUUUCUCCCGGAAAGUCGGGCAUUUGGAAUGGAUAUGUGCAGUUCGAUAAUGUGUUGCAGCGCAAACUUUAG